UCCACCUCCAAGCUCCGAUCCAUGGCGUCUCACGAUCACCACCACCACCACCACCACCACCACUCCCACGACCACAAUCACCACCACCAUCACUCCCACGGGGACGGCGGUGGCAAUGAAGCUGGGGGAUCGUGGGUCGGGGAGGACAGUCGCGUGUGGCACUCCCACGACGGCCUCAUACUACACUCCCACGAGCCCAUCUACUCCCCCGGCGACUUCACCAAGCGCACACUGUUGCUCGCCUCGCGCGCCUUCACCGACUGCGCCUUCACCGUCGUAAUUGGUGGCCCCGUCAGCACGGGAAAAACUGCCCUGAUGUUAGCACUGUGCAGAUUCCUACGUGAUAAAUAUAGUCUUGCUGCGGUCACAAACGACAUUUUCACAAAAGAAGAUGGGGAAUUCUUAGUCAAGCAUGGAGCACUCCCAGAAGAGCGCAUACGUGCAGUGGAAACUGGAGGGUGCCCUCAUGCAGCUAUACGUGAAGACAUCAGUAUAAAUCUUGGUCCUCUAGAGGAGCUAUCGAACUUGUACAAAGCUGAUUUGCUACUCUGUGAAUCUGGAGGAGGUAUAUUAUUUUCUGGAUCUAAAUUAAUAGUCUAUUUCUGUUGUCAUGCAUAUAUUUGUGUAAACCAGCCUAUUCAUCCUACUGAGAUCAUGCUGCCUGUCUAAUGCUUGUGAAAUGUUAUCAUGUGAACUUGA